AUGAUUGAUUCCGCUAGAUAUCAUAGCCAUAGUAGUGGAAAUCAGGGAAGUGGACAUGGUAUGGACCACACACCCUCCAGUCCUACUUCACAUUCACACAGUCCAAAUAGCCACCAUUCAUUCAGUCCAGGUGUUAAUAAUCUUCCAUCAUACCAACAACACCAACAAAUGCAACAACAACAACGUUCAAUGGUAAAGAGUGAUUCAUCUCAAAGUAUAUCAUCUCCUCCAUCACCUUUAUUAACAUCUUCUUCUCCUUCAACUCCACUUUCAGAAAGUGGUAUUGUUUCAAAUAAUAAUACUAAUAAUAAUAAUAAUAAUGGUAACAACAACAACAACAACAACAAUAAUUCACAUCAACAAAUGCAACAUGGUCAACAAAAUAACAAUGGUGGUGCUCCACCAAGUUCUAAACCCGGUUAUCAAACUUGUUCACAUGCAAACCAUGAACUUUGGUGGAGUACAAGUCCAGAAUUACCAGUUAGUGAAUUUUACACUCGAUCUUAUAAAUGUAAAAGAUGUUAUAUAAGACAACAAACUGAAAGUAAAAAGACUAGACAAAGUCCAAUUGGUAAUGGAAAUAAUGGUCACAUGGGAGGCAACAACAACAAUCACUCACCACCUCAUAGUUAUUCUCAUUCAAAUCAACAACAUCAACAACAACACCAACAACAACAACAACAAAAUCAACACCAUCAUCAUCUUCAACAUCAAAACCCCUAUUCAAAUCAAAAUAGUUCAAACUCAAACUCAAAUUCAAACUCAAAUUCAAACUCAAAUUCAAACUCAAACUCAAACUCAAACUCAAAUUCAAACUCAAACUCAAACAACAACAAUAAUAAUGUAAAUAAUUGUAAUAUUAAUGGAAGUGGAUUUCACCAAAAUAGUAACACUAGUAAUAGUCAUAAUAAUAAUAAUAAUAAUAAUAAUAAUAAUAAUAAUAAUAAUAACAAUAAUAAUAAUAUUAAUAAUAAUAACAAUAAUAAUAACAAUAAUAACAAUGGUAAUAAUAUAAACUCAAAUAUUGAUAAUGCCAUAAAUCAAACAUUUUCCCAAAAUUCAAUAUUGAGUAGUUUGGCUAAUCUCUCAUCAUCGUAUUCCUACAAUGGCAACACUAUAAAAAAUGGCGGAGGUAAUCAACAAUUACAACAAUUCGAAAGAAAACAAAGCAAAUACUUAGCAAAAAAACAUAUGAAGCACCAAGAGGAGGCGCAACUCAAUGGAAUUAGUGGUUAUGAUAAUAGUAGUAUUAGUGGUGGUAGUGAGGAUGAACAUAAUUAUCCAAUUAAUCCAAUUAAUUAUAUUGAUCAAGUUAUAAAUAAUAGUGGUAAAUUUAAUUCAAGUAGUAUGAAUAAAGGUAUUGGUAUCAAUCAUCACCAUCACAAUAAUAAUAAUAACAACAAUAUUAAUAAUAAUAAUAAUAAUAAUAAUAAUAAUAAUAAUAAUAAUAAUAAUAAUAAUAAUAAUAAUAAUAAUAACAAUAACAAUAACAAUAACAAUAGUAGUAGUGGAUCACCAAAAUUAGAUAAUGAAUCUGAUGAGAAAAAAAUUGAGUCUUAUCAUUAUAUGUUUCAAAAUUUACAUCCAAUGAUUGAUCGAGAUCCAAAUAGUCAAGGUUACAUCGACAGUUAUCUAUCUGGUCGUCUUGAACAAAGUCAAUACUUUACAACAUUUAGAAUAAAGGGUAAUCUUGGUGGUGUUUCUGGUAAUGGUAAUGGAGCGAAUAGUAAAAUAGGUGGAUUUAUAACAGAGGUUAUUGUAGGUGGUAAAACUUUUAGAGGAAUCGUUUUUGAAGAUUUGAAGAGCUCAAAUCAAACAAAUAAUCAUUCCCAAAACUUUUCACCAAAUCAAUCUGGAACCAAUUUAAAUAAUAGUAAUAGCAAUAUACCUUCUUCAAAAAAAAUUAAAGAUAAAAAUAUUUCUCCUUCUUCUUUUUUACCAACAAUAGGUUCAACAACCUCUACAAGCAAUCAAUUAUCUAAUGGUUAUAGUAAUGUACCAACCUCUAAUGAAUUAGAAGCACUUUUAAUACUAGGAAAACAAGUUAAAAACGAUGAAGAGUCUAAAAAAAGAAAAAAACCUUACAGUUCAGAUACAGAGGAUCAAUCUUCGUAUGCUUUAAAAACAAAUUUAUUUAAAUAA